ACAGCACGUCGAAAAGAGCGUACGCGGUAUAUGGACGUGAGCUCUCGUGUUGUAAAACAUAUGAAGCUGCUACAAUGACUGCAUCAGCCGUGAUCCUCUCUGUGCUGGUAACGUCGUGGUGCACGGAGGCAGGAAAGGUCCUGUACCUCACCUUCCCACAAUACAGUCAUCUGAAAACAAUGAACUUCGCCAUGGACGACCUCAGCCGAUACGGACACGAACUGUGGACUGCCUACCCUGACUACCUAUCGUCCACAGUCAUGAACUCAAGUCUCAAUUUGAUCAGAAUGAAAGGACUAGGAUCAAUGGAUGUGAACGACGAAUUGUAUUCCGCUUUCGUCAGCGCUCAUGACCCAGGAUUGACUUUUUCAAAGUUUACUGUAAAAGUGAUAAACUGGAAAAACACUUUAAAAAGAAUUAUUGAUAAAAGGACCAUUCCUAUUUCCACCCUUUCAAAAGUACGAGAGAUUAACCAUAAGAUUCUGACAGAUUCCGACAUGCUUCAAGAGAUCAAGGAGAAGAGGUUUGAUCUGGUCAUUGCAAAUGGCGAUAUUGGUCUUCCAUAUAUUAUCAUUCCAUACAUACUGGAUCUACCUUUUUGCAUACUUGGAAAUUCGUACGACCCUUGGCGAAGUGGAAAUCCAAGUCUUCCUUCCUACCUACCUUAUCUUGCUCAUGGUGACAUUGGAACGGAUAGCAUGACCUUUUUGCAGAGAGUAAAGAACACAUUGGCUUACCUGAUGAAGCUUGACUUGCCUCCAUUCAUCCAUGAAAGCGACGUGAUGACCUAUGCCCCGGACAAUACUCCUAUCACCUUUACACAGCUCAUGACCAAUGCUAAGCUAUGGAUGGUUGAACAGGACUCUGUUGCGGACUAUCCAAGACCAUUGAUGCCAAACACGAUUCUAGUAGGAGGUCUUUCUGCACGAGAUUCUAGUAUGCUUUCUGGAAGAUUCAAAGACUUUUAUGACAUAUCAGAUUCCGUGGUAAUAGUUUCUUUCGGAGGCAGUGUAACAACAAUCUCCACGGAAUUGACAGAUAAGCUACAACAGGCAUUUUCUAUGACCAAUUAUAAUUUUGUAUGGAAAUCUGAUAAACCUUCGUGGAACCAGACCAAGUGCCUUCUGACGAAAUGGUUACCCCAGAAUGACCUUCUUGGCAAUUCCAAAACUAAACUGUUUAUCACCCACGGAGGAAAUAAUGGUUAUUUUGAAAGCUUGUAUCACGGUGUACCAAUGCUAGGAGUUCCAAUGUUCGCUGAUCAGUAUUAUAACACUCAAAGAUUACAACACAAGGGAUAUGGCCUAGCUUUAGAUCUGUACAGAAAUUCGGCAGAAGACUUUGCAGAUGCCAUCACCCAAAUCGUAGAGAAUCCGGUGUUUAAAAAGAAUGUGUUGAGAGCUUCUAAACUUUUGAGAGAUAGGCCUAUGAAUUCUCGACAACAAAUUGCGUAUUGGAUCGAUCACGUGAUCAAAUAUGGCGACUCACAUAUUCGCUCUGCUGGCCUUGACCUUCCGUGGUACAAAUACCUCUGUGUGGAUGUGUUUUUGGUUUUGAUAUUCAUUCUGGUAACUGCUUCUCUCGUUUUAUGUAAACUGACACAAACAUUGAUUGCACGAGUACUGUAAAUCAGCCGUGAUUUCUGUACAUUUAAAGUUUUACAAAAUUCAAUGUUUACAAAACAAUAAUUCGCAAAAUGUAACAAAUCAAAUAUAUAAAUGAAAUAG